AUAUCACUCAAACUGAAUCCAUUAAAUAUUGAUGGAGCAACAUAAUUUGUGCAAAGAAAUGAUAAAAUAAGUUCUGAUUAAAAAUCACAUAAGUACUUGUUUAAAAGCAGAUGUAGUGUCAAUUUACCCCAAUUUGCCAUCAUAUGUGAGUACUUUUGAUAUAGAAUGGUGUUUGGUCAUCUGACUGUCUGUCCUGAUCUCUCCAUACAGUCUUUUGCCUUUAAUGCUCACGGCGCCCGUCUUUGUAGCAGGAAACAUGUUUCGUUGUUACACAAACUUCACCCAGCCCUACAGAUGUUUGCUGAUGCAUACUGGCGCUGUGUAUCUCACAUCAUCCGUAAAUACAAAAAUGACAGCAUGUAGUGUCAUUCAAGACUACUGCAUGACCAUAUUCCUUACCACCUUCCUUAUGACCUUCAUCGGCAUCACCACUCUCAUGUGUAAAGCUCGCUCCCUGUACAAGCGUAUCAUCACGUCUCAAGGUUUUUUCGCUGACAAUCAUUGGGAAACUCUGCGUCUCCUGGAACGGCGUAUGCUGCUUUAUCCCUCAGCCUUCUUCUUCUGCUGGGGACCAGCAAUAUUUCUGGCCACUAUGAUGUUGGUGAAACCGGACAUAAUAGAGGGAAGGAUGGGAGUGGUUCUCUACAUCCUACAGGCCUUCACCUCGGCCUCUCAGGGUCUGUUGAACUGCCUGGUUUACGGCUGGACGCAGCAGCACUUUCGCUCUCUCAGCAGCGGCAGCAUCAUACGGGACGCCACCACCCAGACUCCCCUGCUGCGCUCCCAGAAGCCAAACUACGCCGCUUUGCGCUCUACUGCAUCACUCACCAAUUUUGUCUGAUGGAAGGACACGCAAGAAUCCCUGCAAUGCAUUGGGAAGACACUUCAAACCAAAGCCACCGGGGGAUCAAACCCAUGACUUGGCUGUUGCGAGCAUCAUGCUCUACACAUUGAGCUUCCUGAGCCAGUACAGCACACACUAACUGAAGACUGAAACAAGUGAAGUAUCGUUGUGGUCUAACAGACGCGUUUAGUCUUGAUAAAACCAGCCGGAGCAGAAGUGUUUGCUUUGCUGUUGUAUUAUUAACACCAGAUGCCAGAUAAAGACGCUCUGCUGAAAAGGCAGCUUAAUGUUUUUUUCUACUUUGGUUUUGUUUUAAGAUUUCAGAUGCUGCACCUGCUGCUAGUUUAGCUGAGAAACCCACUUUAAGAAACUGUUUCAUUAUCCAGCCUCUACAAUACUAGCUUUUACAAUGACAUGAUCGAGACUUUCACAGCGCACUGCUGAACUAUCGAAAAGGGAAAGACCGAAGGGGGAUUACAGACAGAGGAAAAUAGUUCUGAAACAGGAUCUGAGAAGACAAUGCUGCUGCUUUCCAUCCAAAAACACAAAACAAACAAAACCUGAACCCACCUACACACAGUGUUUAGAGUGCAGGUAUCAGUCACUGCUAAAGGAGCAUGAAACAAAUCAUUCAUCCUUCAAAACAAUACUUCUCAAUGGAGCUGAUGAGAAAUAUUAGCGGGAAAAGACUCAUAUGAACCUGUCAAGAUAGUAGCAAUGAAUCCUGAAUAAGCAUUUUGCUUAAAAUGAGGUCUUUACAGUCAUGGAAAAGCUGGAAAUAUUUAGAAAUUGUGGUUUUCAGGUUCGGAAAAGUUCUGAAAUACUCUUAACAGGAUUGUUUCACCCCAAAAGUAAUAUCCUUUCAUC